AUGGGAAAUUGUUGUGUAACUUCAUCAUCGUCUGUCGUAUGGGCCGGUGACGACUGGGGAUCGGUGGCGCAUCAUAAGCAUCACCCUGCUACAAUGCUUCAUGGAGCUGAUGAUGAGGAUGAGGAAUAUGGUAGUACUAACAAUGAAAGACAGAGGCUUCUUGACACAAGUUCUUUGUGUUCAGGUUCUACUAGGGAGGUGAAGAUUAAGAUUACAAAGAGGGAGUUGGAAGAGAUAAUGGCAAGGGUUAACAUGCAGGGAUUGUCCAUGGAACAGGUCCUGGCUAGGUUUGUAAACUCUACUAGUGAUCUUAAGUUUGAAAUGGAGCAUCAUCAUAGGCACUGGAAACCUGCCUUGCAAAGUAUUCCUGAGGUGAACUAA